UCGCCAUUCGCUCGCAGUCUUCACCUAAGCUAAGCCUCUCUCUCUCUUUUUCUUCUUCCACUUUUCCUCUCUUCUCUAGUCUUUUCAUUUUAUCUCUUUCUUCCUUCUUUCCUUGUUCUUGCGUUUUUCUUUUCCCUUGCUUUCUCUUCUCUUUCAUUGUCCUCUUUAAUUCCAAUCUCUUAGAUUUCUAUCCAAUUCUUCGUCACAGUUCUUGACUACGGCUUGAUUUGUGAUUUGUAGUUCUUCUCUCUGUUUGUCCGUUCCUUGAUUCAUUUCCCCUGCUCCGUGUUUGUCUCUCUUGCUCUGAUUUCAAAAUCCAUGGUUUACUACUUCCUUCUAGGGUUUUCCUGAUUACCUCGAUGAUUUUAGGUUUUCUAUGACGUUCUCUUUACUGAGGCGACGUAUUCGUAUCCUCCACUCGUUUUCGGUUGUGUUUCUGUACUGGUUCUACGUCUUCUCAUGAACUAAUCGCCUUCUUCGUCGCUGUGGAAUUUGAUUGAUCUCUUCUUGCGGUAGCCUGAGUUGUAGAUCGGGAGAUUCAUUUGAUUUUUAUCAGAUUAGAUACUAAAACAACUUUUUACUCGAGAUUACUUGGUAUUAUUUUGGCGGGAAGUAAUUGAAAGAGAGAAUUAUAUGGCAUCUAUUCCAAGGAAAAGCUCCCCCGGAUCAAAUGGAGGUUCGCAACCUGCCAUUCCUGAUGAGAGAAAGCGGAAGCGGAUGCAAUCCAACAGAGAAUCGGCUCGGAGAUCUCGGAUGAAAAAGCAGAAGCAAGUGGAAGACCUCACGGGGGAGCUGAGCCGAUUACAAAUGGCGAAUAAUCAGCUUCUGCAGAGCAUUGGUGCCAAGGAGCAAGCAUUUGUUCAGGUCGACAACAUGAACAAUGUUCUCAGGGCUCAAGCUAUAGAACUGGCCGAUCGUCUGCGAUCCCUGAACUCGGUCCUUCAGAUCGUCGAGGAGGUUAGCGGGCUUGCUAUGGACAUCCCUGAAAUUCCCGAUCCUCUCUUGAAGCCGUGGGAGUUCUCUCGGCCAGCUCUGCCCGUAGCUGACAUGUUCCUGUGUUAGUGAGUCCCUCUUAAAGCGGUUAGAAUCGCCACAUUUGCGAGUCUUCUGUCCAGUGGAACCGUGGUCGUUUGUGAAUUUAUUGCAGGUCUUAGGAUUCUGCUCUGUGUCUGUGUUUGCGUGUCAUAUAGUAGUGGUUUUGUAUCUUCUGUUUGAAUUAGUCAUGUAAAUGGAACUUUUAUGUGUUUUUGGUUAUGUAAUGAUACACUGAUUCCAUCUAUAUUUGGGGACUUCUUCUGAAUUCGCUCUAGUGAUUUCUCAUUAGCUAAUUGCUGAACGCAAGAAGUUCUUGGAUACCAAUGACAUAGAAUUUGGUCCUUAUGUAUUGAAUACU